AAUGUGCAGGCGCGCCGUGGCGCUGGUGGCAAACUUUGGGAAUGAUAGUAGGAGCUUUGCAGGAUCACUGUUAAGGGAACUUACUGUCGCUGGACGGCCUGCUUUUCAAUCUACUUGUUUUCAGAGAAUAAUCUGCAAGCUUGGACAGUAUUUAAGUAGAAGUAGGACUUUAUCACACCAGUCACCAUGUCGGAGGACCUGAGCGCCCAAACCUGGUCCAUCAACAAGGAUGAUUACGAGCUCCAGGAGGUCAUCGGGAGCGGAGCCACAGCUGUUGUCCAGGCUGCCUACUGCGUCCCCAGGAAGGAGAAGGUUGCCAUUAAACGCAUCAACCUGGAAAAAUGCCAGACCAGCAUGGAUGAGCUCCUGAAGGAGAUUCAGGCCAUGAGUCAGUGCCACCAUCCGAACAUCGUCUCCUACUACACCUCCUUUGUGGUGAAGGAUGAACUAUGGCUGGUGAUGAAGUUGCUCAGUGGUGGCUCUGUGCUGGAUGUGAUCAAGCACAUUAUUUCACGGGGGGAGCACAAGAGUGGCGUGCUGGAUGAGUCCAGCAUAGCCACCAUUCUGAAAGAGGUUCUACAGGGUCUCGAGUACCUGCACAAGAAUGGACAGAUCCACAGGGACCUGAAGGCUGGGAACAUACUGCUGGGAGAGGAUGGCUCAGUUCAGAUCGCAGACUUCGGUGUAAGUGCCUUCUUAUCCACGGGCGGUGACAUCACCAGGAAUAAAGUACGCAAGACCUUUGUUGGAACGCCCUGUUGGAUGGCUCCGGAGGUCAUGGAGCAGGUGAAGGGUUAUGACUUCAAAGCAGAUAUCUGGAGUUUUGGCAUCACAGCCAUCGAGCUGGCAACGGGAGCUGCCCCCUACCACAAGUACCCUCCUAUGAAAGUGUUGAUGCUGACACUUCAGAAUGACCCGCCCUCCCUGGAGACGGGCAUCACAGACAAGGACAUGGUGAAAAAAUAUGGCAAAUCCUUUAGGAAAAUGCUCUCACUGUGUCUGCAGAAGGAUCCGGAAAAAAGGCCAACAUCGUCUGAGCUCUUAAAACACAAGUUCUUCCAGAAAGCGAAGAAUAAUGAAUUUUUACAAGAGAAGUUACUACAGCGAGCACCCACAAUAUCAGAAAGGUCCAGAAAGGUGAGGCGGGUUCCUGGCUCCAGUGGCAGGUUGCAUAAAACAGAGGACGGUGAGUGGGAGUGGAGCGAUGACGAGCUGGAUGAGGAGAGUGAGGAGGGCAGAGCUGCUGUAGCUGCGUUACGGUCACCCAGAGUAAAGGAAGGCUCUCAGAACUCAGAGAUUUUCCAGACCCCAGAGCCUUUCAGUAGUCAUCUGCAGCCCAGCGUUCCUGAGCAGGCUGAUGUGCCUCAGUCAGGAGGGCAGCCCAGCCUUCCUGUACCCACCAACCCUGCCGUGACCCCUGCAAGUGAUUCCUGUAAAUCGCCGAUCAGCUUGGUGUUGAGGUUGAGAAACCUGAAGAAGGAGCUCAAUGAUAUACGAUUUGAGUUUAUGCCUGGCAGAGACACUGCAGAUGGCGUAUCCCAAGAACUGGUGUCUGCUGGCUUGGUCGAUGGGAGAGAUUUAGUUAUAGUUGCUGCUAAUUUGCAGAAGAUAGUUGAUGAGCCCCAAACCAAUAAAAACGUCACUUUCAAACUGGCAUCUGGUGUUGAGGGCUCAGAGAUUCCUGAUGAUGUCAAACUUCUGGGAUUCGCGCAGCUCAGCAUCAGUUAGAGUUUGCCUCUAUGCGGGACCAUGACUUGCCUAAAAAUGUGAAAAACAAAAAGGAAAGAAAAAAAUACCAACCGAAUGACCCACCCCUUCCCCUUUCCCCAUUGGCCCUUCAGAUACCACUGCUGCCAAAGAUAACCGUAACAUUGCAUCAGCCAAUAGGAUUCAACGAAAUGUCCCAACUGUUGAAGGCAGUGGGAGAAAAGGAUGAGAGAUCAUGGUUCAUAGGAAUCACUGAAAUAAAGUUUACAAUGUUGUGUAUGUAGAAGGAUGCAGUUUUCACCAUCAUCUGGGAAUAACCUUAUGUUCUUUUUUUUUUUUUUUCUUUUUUUUUUUCUGAAAAUGUGUCCUUAAUUUGCACAAUCUGAACUAACACCCUAAAAUCUUGAUAAACGUAACAAUGCCUUAUAUUUCAUAAGGCUACAGAGUGUUUGUUCGAGAGAACAUCCCCAGGAGUUGUGCAGUUUAUGAAAACGAGCGAUUGUGGUUUCAGUUACUAUAACUAAACUUUUUACGUGUAGUUUUGAUUUUUUUUUUUUCUCUCUUUUGCCUUUGGUCUGGAGGAGCUGGUGUUUUGUAAAGGAAUACCCUAUGCCCGCACCCCUAGCAAGACAGACUCGUCUUAGCCAAACGUCUGCUCACAAACCCUCUUAAAACUGUCUGCGAUUAGACUCUAUGUGACACUUUCAUAGGGUUGUUUUGCUUUUUCGGCUGCUGUACAGAUAUUUCCUUCCUCUUCCUCAUGAUACACUGGUUAGUAUCACCUCACUGUCACACUUGCUGGCAGAUUCCUAUUCAUGGGAUCACUGACUCUCCUAAGAAAAUAAAAGGCUGUUGUAGCUUUUAAAUACAUUCAGCCCCAGAUUUUACGCUUUCAGCUUUUAGCACAUUUGUGUACAGUUUGGUGUAGAACCGUGUAGAAAUAUUGUCAGUGAACACCACUCUGAAACACGAGACCACUUCCCACCCCCAACACGCAUUUCAGUACAUCCCUGUCUCUCCCAACCUCACAUCUCUAUCACAUUAAGUUAUUGGUUUUAUAUUGCGACCAAUGUUAUGCCUGUUGGAAGAAAAAAAAUGUCUGUGGUGUUGGCUUUGCGUGUUUUUGGAAUUUCUCAUUAGCUGAUGUGGCUAAACAGUUUUUGAUUGAAUCUUCUCUUGUCUGUAAAUAACAUGAUUUCGGUUGUGGUUCGUUUUUAUAUGGGUCCGUUCACUCAUUGCCUUUUGUAACAGAUAGUGGGGUGGAGAAAUUGGUGGGAGUUAUUCUGAAUGCCAGAGCACGUCACCGCCCUCAAAACCCACACAUCCUAAUCGGAAAACUUAUGAGCAAAUGUGGCUGAAUCCCUUUAGAGUGGAGGAUGUCUGUCUGAUCUUUUCAGCUUGGCUGUCCCAUAGUUCAGAGGUUCUCCAUCCAGUCCAGGUUUGUGGUGUGUCCAGGAUACUUAUGCAGGAGUGAAAUGCUGAACAGAACAAAAAAAAAAAAAGCAGGGCUUAGCUGAGGCCCUUGGAGUGCUAGGCUGAGACGUAGUUACCACAGCCAUGGCAGGGUUCAACUGCUCAGCUUGCUUUGUCACAUGCAGAGGGCUGGAGUUGUCUGUUUUGGGAAGCUCUAUCUUAUUAGAUGUGAGCUUAGAAGGUUGUUUUAUUCCAUCAGUACUGCAGUACAAAACCACAUCUGUACCGAUCUGAUCUUCCACAAGCCUUUGUGGACUGUUCACACUUUGGUGAACUGAAUUCAUAACACCAUAUUCAUUUCCAUCCUUGGUGGUGCACAUCACUAGGGCCUGCUGACAUGUCCUGGAGAGGGCUAACCUGAAUUAAAAAAGGGUUAUUUCAACCUUACUCACCCAUGAAGGUAGCCAGAGUUCUGCAGUCUCGUCAGUGUGGUGGUUACAAUGGGAGCGCGUCCGUCCACUCACUCAAGCUGGAAAUUUGAAGCAGCAUCCAGUUUCCCGCAAGUUAAGUUUUUUCCAGCAUGGUUGAUGUUUUGAUCUGAACUCCAGAGUUUCUGUGCUGUUUUAAUGGUCCCAUGGACAGAUCCCCAGUCUGGCCAAGUAUUGGAUUCCCAUUUAUGGCAGAAGUCAUUCAUUCGCCACCGCUGCCACCACUAUGAAUGCAAGAUAAACUUAAAGAAACUAAAUGUAAUAUUGAAUAUUUAUGGUCAACAUCUUAUCCUUGUACUCUGAUGUGAACUCGUGAAUCCCAUCCAGAAAUAAAAAUCUUUAAAAAUUCUAGCUUUCUGUGCCAAUGACCAAUUUUCAAUUUCUGUUGCUUAAAUAAUUGUGAAUAUUGAUUUUUUUUUUCUUUUUUGAGUAAAAUGUACAACACACUGAGACCUGCACCUAUUAAUAAAUGAGUAUCCCCCCCCCCCCCCCCCUUUGCUGUAAACCUGAGUUAGGGCGGGGCUUAAGCCUGUGCCCUAGGUUUUAUUUGCUGAUCUGUAUUUUAAUGAAUGAUGCUGUAGUAUUUGGAUGGGUUACCUUCACACUCAGUUUAUAGGCAAUAACAAAACUGUAAUAUAUUUAAUUUCUUUUGUUUUUUUCACAUUUCACUCAUUUUUGCUCAUGUUGGUUUUGAAUUUAGAAGCAUGUUUCUCUGAUUAUUUUAAAUCAAUAAAGAGUGAACAUAUCAGCUCUCCUCA